UCUGUCAGAUAAACAGGGCUGUUGAGAAUCCGUUUCAACUUUGAAGAAUAAUAGGUAACAAAAUCCAACGUCAACUAGAGUCUAAGCUUAUCUCCGCCAACCCUAAAUCCAUCCCAACAAUCAAACUCUAUCACGCCACUCCCCCCAUAUCAGAACAAAGCUCUUGGCAUUCCGAAACUCUAUCACCACCACGAUAUCAAAACAGAGCCCGUUUCUUGGCUUUCACCACCUUCCUCUACCGUUUCUUUUCCUGGAUAUACAGAACAAAAACAAAGUCACCAUGCCAUCUUCACUCGUCCCAACACCAUCUCAUCCGACGCAAUACCUCCAAAGCCUGUUAGCGUCUUCACGUCCCUUCCUUCGUGACGAGCUGGAAUCUGUGGACAAGAAUUUGCCUUCUUUGGUAGCUGUUUUGCGUUCUGUUGGUGCCGGAGAGUGCUGGCACAAGCAUGGUAGCUUUUUAGAUCAUUUAGUAGAUAUUUACCGCAUUCUUAAGGUAUGGAAAGCGCAAGAUCCUGUCUGCCUAUGCGGUCUGUUUCACUCUGCUUAUUCCAACUCUUACGUCAACCUUGCCAUAUUCGAUCCUUCCACUGGUCGUGAGGUAGUUCGAGGCCAUGUUGGUGAAGCGGCAGAGCGUUUAAUUCAUUUGUUCUGCAUCGUUCCGAGGCAACCUUUAAUUCAUGAAGAUCUUUUGUUUCAGUAUUCUGAUUCUGAACUUGUUGAACACCUUAAGCUUUCUGAGAUUUCGUUGCAGAAUGCGAAAGAAAAGGGUUUGUUCAAUGAAGACGAGGUUUGGAGGAAGAAACUACGUGGACUCUUGCCUGAAAAUGGGAUCGUAGUGAAGCACAUAAGGACUGGUGAAGAUGUGUUGGUCUCUAGAAGGAUAGUAGCAAUCUUCCUUCUGAUGACUAUAGCAGAUUUCAGUGACCAGCUUUUUGGAUUCCAGGAUGUUUUAUUUGAAAACUUUGAUGGGCGGCUUGAGUUUUCCGGGAAUAAUUAUGUUGCUUUUUGGCCCGGCAAUGGGAAGCCAGGGCUGUGGCUGAAUUCUGCGUCGAGGAUGGGAGCAAUCUAUAGUUUGAUAGUGAGAGAGGAAGAGAUUUUUGUGGAACGAAGGAAAAGGACAGGUGGUGUUGGGGUUGAAACCGAGAGAGAUGAGGAUAUCGAGCUUGUGGUGCCACCAGUUUUUGAGAACUGCACUAAGAUUUUGGGUGCUAAGGAGCAGAUAGAGGCGAGGGACUUGUAUUGGGAAGCUGUCUGUGAUGAUUCCAAGGGAGGGCAAGAGCGAGCUGAGGAGUUGUUAUUAGGUAGCAUCGAGAGGAACCCAUUUGUUGGUGAGCCACGUGUUGUUUUGGCUCAGGUUUAUCUGACAAAAGGACGGUUUGUGGAGGCGGAAAAGGAGGCUGAAAUAGGGCUGACCCUGCUGUUGGAGUGGAGCAGUCCGUGGGACAAGAGGAUGUCAUGGGAUGGAUGGAUUGCUUGGGCAAGAGUUUUGUUGAUGAAGGCCAAAGAAAAGUCUUGGCCACAAACUUCAUGGGGGAUCCUCAAUCUAGGCCUUGUUAAGUAAGAUUAUGCAAAUUCUGCCAUGAUCUAGUUGUGGCUGUCAAAAAGAUGAAUAAAAUGCAGUGAGCACUGCAUCAAUUGAAAGUUUCAAAGGCAUGUCUAAGUGUUCUUCUUGUUUGCUUUGGAGGAACUAAAUGAUGUAGUUACAUAUAGGGUUUAAGUGUUAAACCAAAAUCAUUUUUAUUUUAGUAAUUUAUUCCCCUGCUUAUUCUGUCAAAUUAUCUUACAAAUGAAAUAAACAAUUUCUCGUUGCUCUUUUUGGUACUA